UUCUAUGACUGAACUGACUGAAACCAAGUCACCAUUCGUCGACACUGACAUACCACCACCCGCUGAGUUCAAAAAAACCAACACGGUAUCUACCCAAACAGAAGAAUUGUCCUGCCAAUGUGGCAAUCUUCUGCAGAUGACCUGUGACUCGUGUAGCGACAGGGGCAUGGUCAGGUCUGAAGGAAACUACAACCUGGCGUCCGUCAGCCCACAGAGUGCGAAAGAAGAUGAAAAGAAGAUAAAGAAGCAUAAAUGUGAUACAUAUUGUGAUAAUAAUCAUAGUAUUAGUGAUAAUAGCGACAUUAUAAAGCGACCUAAGCUGCGGAGGUUCUUCCCGAUUGUGGACAAAAUCGAGAAGAUUGUGACGGAUCGGUUUGCGCAGAGGGAGAACGAUAUCCAGGAGUUGCAGUUGGAGAAAGAGGACACGGUGUUCUCUCGGCCGCGGGAGUCCAAGAGACAGAAGACUUAUUCUAUAAACGAUGACGACUAUGUGUUUUACGAGAAGUGUGACUACGGGACGUUUGACCGCGCGGAGAACGUUGAGGAGUCCCCUAAAGAGGAGUCCCCCCCGGAGGUGUCGGACAAGGGGUUCAAGUUCCCUGAUCCGAAGAAGCAGGACAAUCAGGUGCCGUCCCCCACUGAGAUGGAUAGGUUUCGGUGGCGGUUCGAUUCUGCGGCUUCUAUGGUGUUCCAUACGAAGACUGGUCUGCCGCUGACCUCGAGUCCAGCGCCGCUGCGGAGGGGGAACAACUGCUUCGAUUUCGAUGAUUCGAUUAAUGGCAUUUCUGGGAUCAAGAGCGCCCUGUUCGCCCCCCGUCCCCCCGCGGCCCCCCCGGCCAGCGCGGCGCCGCCCCCGCCGCCGACCCCCCCACACGCCAACAUCAAGAUGCGGCCUAGCACUGGAUUACUUGGUAGUUUCGAAGAAUCAGCUCUGAAGGGUCGUUUGGAGCCAGUGGCGACGGUGCACGGGUUCACGGCCGAGUUGGGCGCGUACGGGUCAUUCUGUCCCCCCCACAAACGUCUGCCGGUCACUGUGUUCUUCUACGCACCGGGGGGUACUAAUGCACCGUAUAUGGGCCACAUCAACCUGGGGCCCCGCGGCUACCGCGUGGCGCGGUCGGGCACGGUGCAGGUGUCCCUGUUCAACCCGCACGGCACCCUGGUGAAGAUGUUCGUGGUGCUGUACGACCUGUCGGCCAUGCCGGGCGGCGCGCGCACGUUCCUGCGCCAGCGCACGCUGUACAUGCCGGCCGCCGCCGCCGCGCGCCCGCCGCCGUCCCACGCGCACAAGUGGCUGCGGUACCUCAUACAUCUGCGAUUCAUGACAUCGAAAUCCGGUAAACUGUACCUGCACACGGACAUACGUAUAAUUGUGUCUAGGAAAGCCGAUCUCGACACGGCCACAGCCCAUUCCGCCUUAUUCCGACCUCUGCCGACUAAUUCCGAGCCGAAUUCGUCCGAAACCGAUCCGAAUUCUUCUGACCGAAAACCGAAUCGAGUUUUCGGCGGUUGUUCAGACUAUGACGACUAUGAAAACCAGAACGGUGUUUCGUACGAGCUUAGGAGUUUCACCUAUGCGCCGGACAAUCCGAAAUAUUCUCCCCGAUAAUUCGGACGAUUUCGGUAUUUUCGGAUUUUUCCGUCAUUCUAGUAGUUUGGUGGUUGUCGGUAUUUUCGUUUUAGUCCCUGUAUGUAAUGAUUGUUUAACUGUAUGUAUUAAUGAGAAAAUAUAUUUUUGGUUUUUAUAAUAA